AUGAACAGGAUUCGGAUUCACGUCUUGCCAACGAAUAGGGGGAGGAUCACCCCAGUGCCCAGAUCCCAGGAGCCCCUUUCUUAUUCAUUUACUCACCGCCCAUGCUCUCAGCCGCGUCUGGAGGGGCAGGAGUUUUGCAUUAAGCAUAUUCUCGAAGACAAGAAUGCACCCUUCAAACAAUGUAGUUACAUAUCAACGAAGAAUGGAAAACGGUGUCCCAGUGCUUCCCCAAAGCCCGAGAAGAAAGAUGGGGUGUCUUUCUGUGCUGAACAUGCUCGAAGGAAUGCUCUAGCACUUCAUGCUCAAAUGAAGAAGAAUAAUCCAGGCCCUAUGGGUGAAACCCUCUUGUGCCAGUUGAGCUCAUACGCUAAAACAGAGCUGGGCUCUCAGUCCCCAGAGAGCAGUCGAAGCGAAGCCAGCAGAAUACUGGAUGAAGACAGCUGGAGUGAUGGGGAUCAGGAACCCAUUACUGUGGAUCAGACAUGGAGAGGUGACCCUGACAGUGAGGCUGAUAGCAUAGACAGUGAUCAAGAAGAUCCCCUAAAACAGGCUGGUGUCUACACAGCUGAAGAAGUGGCUCUUAUUAUGAGAGAAAAGCUAGUUCGUUUGCAGUCUUUGUACAUUGAUCAGUUUAAACGACUACAACACUUACUCAAAGAGAAGAAGCGCCGUUACUUACACAACCGAAAAGUGGAACAUGAAGCUUUAGGUAGUAGUCUCCUGACUGGCCCAGAGGGACUUUUAGCCAAAGAAAGAGAGAAUUUAAAGCGACUAAAAUGUCUUAGGCGAUAUCGUCAACGCUAUGGAGUAGAAGCCUUACUACAUAGACAGCUGAAGGAACGCAGAAUGCUGGCCACAGAUGGGGCUGCUCAACAGGCUCACACCACUCGUUCCAGUCAGAGGUGCUUAGCCUUUGUGGAUGAUGUUCGUUGCUCAAAUCAGUCUCUUCCGAUGACCAGACACUGCCUUACCCAUAUUUGCCAGGAUACAAAUCAGGUUCUCUUCAAAUGCUGCCAGGGAUCUGAAGAGGUACCCUGCAACAAAGCAGUUCCUGUAAGCCUCUCUGAGGAUCCCUGCUGUCCACUGCAUUUCCAGUUGCCUCCUCAGAUGUAUAAGCCCGAGCAGGUACUGUCUGUGCCAGACGAUCUGGAAGCCGGCCCCAUGGAUCUGUACUUGAGUGCUGCCGAGCUUCAGCCCACUGAGAGUUUACCACUGGAGUUCAGUGAUGACUUGGACGUGGUGGGUGAUGGAAUGCCGUGCCCUCCUUCACCCUUACUUUUUGAUCCUUCACUAACUCUAGAAGAUCAUUCCGUCAAAGAAAUUGCUGGAGGCCCAGGCCAGAUGCAGGUGUCUGGAGAUGGGUCCAGAUCCCAAGGACCUCGAAAUUUAGAGAAAGCCUGUGCAUCAUUCCCCCAGCGUGGAUUGGCGACUGCAAAUGGAAAGCCAGAGCCCACUUCUAUCAGUUGAUAGUUCAUUCUGAGAAUUGCUUGACUUUGGAUCUGAACUUCUCAUUCUUCAAACAAGUUUAUCUCUGGUCAUCUCUCACUAAACAGGGGUAACCCAGACUACAUGGUGUUUCUUCGGGCCUAUACAGUGCUAAAAGCAAACAUAAACCAAAUUUGUGAGGAAUGGAUCUUUAGUAUUUAAAAGUUACAGGAUUCUU